CUGAUGAUCAUUCAGACUCUGUUUCUAUUGAGAGAUAAAAGGCUGGUUGAAUGAGUUGCCUAUGAAAGCUACUUCAUCUGUAAGAAAACAGGCGGCUGCACCAGUGACUGGGUCAGUGCUCUAAAAUGAGUCUCUCUGGGGAGAGAAAGGAGAGGGGCCCUGCCUCUAAAAUGAGUGUCUCUGGGGAGAGAGAGGAGGGGGGCCCUGCCUCUAAAAUGAGUCUCUCUGGGGAACAUGACACCAAAGCUAAGAGGGGUCAGUGCUCUAAAAUGAGUCUCUCUGGGGAGAGAGCGGAGGGGGACCCUGCCUCUAAAAUGAGUCUCUCUGGGGAACCUGACACCAAAACCAAAACUAAGAGACCAAUGAAGCAGGAGAGACCAGCCUCCCCUGUUCCCAGCUGUGUGUCCAUGAAGAGUGACAAGAGUGACUGGUCUAUGGAACCUCCUAUAGUGUUUAGAGAGGGGAACUUUUCUACUGAACAAAGGUUUAAGGGCAACGUAGCACGUCUGGUGAACAGGGCAGAGCUCCAUAUCCGCAGGGAGACCAGUAGAAACCACAUCAGCAGCACAACAAGACCAAUCAAGCAGGAGAGACCAGCCUCCCCUGUUCCCAGCUGUGUGUCCAUGAAGAGUGACUGGUCUAUGGAACUACCUAUAUCUUUUAGAAAGGGAGACUUUUCUACUGAUCAAAGAAACCAACAGGAGAGAUCAGAGUCAGAGAUGCUCAGUGGUCAGUCUUCCCAGAGUCAUCAAACAGACCUGGCCUCCAUAUUCAGUUUGCUUGAAGAGAAAAUUAUGACAUUUGUGAAGAACGAGCUGAAGAUGUUCAAGAGGAUUCUUAGUCCAGAACUCCCAGAAGGCUUUGAGAGUCAGAAGCAGGAAGUGGUGGAUGCUGAAGAUGAGAAGCAGGAGAGCAGUGCCAGAGAGGGGGCUCUGAAGAUCACACUGCACAUCCUGAGGAAAAUGAACCAGAAGAAGCUUGCUGACACACUGGAGAAAAAUUCAGAUGAUCUUGCUGUGAUUUGCCAACGUGACCUCAAAUCUAAUCUAAAGAAGAAGUUUCAAUGUGUAUUUGAGGGGAUCGCUAAACAAGGAAACCCAACACUUCUCAAUAAGAUCUACACAGAGCUCUACAUCACAGAGGGUGGAACAGGAGAGGUCAAUAAUGAACAUGAGCUGAGACAGAUUGAGACAACAACCAGGAAACAAGCAACACCAGAGACUGCAAUCAAAUGUAACGACAUCUUCAAACCCUUAACUGGACAAGACAAACCUAUCAGAACUGUGCUGACAAAGGGAGUCGCUGGCAUUGGAAAAACAGUCUCUGUGCAGAAGUUCAUUCUGGACUGGGCUGAAGGAAAAGCAAAUCAGGAUGUCCAAUUUGUAUUUUCAUUCCCUUUCCGGGAGCUGAAUUUGAUGAAAGGGGACAAACACACUUUGUUUGAACUUCUCAAUCACUUCUCAAUGGAAACCAAACAAUCAGGAAUCUCCAACUUUGACAAGUACAAAGUUCUGUUCAUCUUUGAUGGUCUGGAUGAGUGCCGACUGCCCCUAGACUUCCAGAAGAACAAGAUCUGUUGUGACGUCACAGAGUCAACCUCAGUGGAUGUUCUGCUGACAAAUCUCAUCAAGGGAAAUCUGCUUCCCUCUGCUCUCCUCUGGAUAACUACCCGACCUGCAGCAGCCAAUAAAAUCCCCUCAGGGUGUGUUGACCAGGUGACAGAGGUACGAGGGUUCAAUGACCCACAGAAGGAGGAGUACUUCAGGAAGAGAUUCAGUGAUGAGGACCUGGCCAGCAGAAUCAUCUCACACAUAAAGACAUCAAGGAGCCUCCACAUCAUGUGCCACAUUCCAGUCUUUUGUUGGAUUUCUGCAACAGUCCUUGAACACAUGCUGAAGCAUAAGAGAGAAGAGAUGCCCAAGACUCUGACUGAGAUGUACACACACCUUGUGGUGUUUCUUACCAAACAAAAGAAUGAAAAGUAUCUUCGGAAAGAAACAGGUCCACACUGGAAUAAAGAGAGCAUUCUGUCACUGGGAAAACUGGCUUUUCAACAGCUUGUGUAUGGCAAUCUGAUUUUCUAUGAAGAAGACCUGAAAGAGGCUGGCAUUGAUGUCAAUGAAGCCUCAGUGUACUCAGGAUUGUGCACACAGCUCUUUAAAGAGGAAUGUGGGCUGUACCAGGACAAGGUGUACUGCUUUGUUCAUCUGAGCAUUCAGGAGUUUCUGGCUGCUGUAUAUGUGUUCCUCUCAUUCAUCAAAAACAAUAAGAAUCUAAUGGACAAACCGCAAACAAAGUCCAGUGUCUUUUCUUCGCUGUUCAGAGACAAGCCUCAAGUUGCUUUCUACAGGAGUGCUGUGGAUAAAGCCUUACGAAGUGAGGCAGGAAACCUGGACCUUUUCCUCCGCUUCCUUCUGGGCCUCUCACUGGAGUCCAAUCAGAAGCACUUACGAGGUCUACUGACAAAGACAAGAAGCAGCUCACAGAGCCAUGAAGAAACAGUCAAGUACAUCAAGGAGAAGAUCAGGGAGAAUCCCUCUCCAGAGAGGAGCAUCAAUCUGUUCCACUGUCUGAAUGAACUGAAUGACCAUUCUCUAGUGGAGGAGAUCCAAAGCUACCUGAGAUCAGGAAGUCUCUCAAAACCCAACCUGUCACCUGCACAGUGGUCAGCUCUGGUCUUUGUGUUGCUGACUUCAGAAAAGGAGCUGGAUGUGUUUGACCUGAAGAAAUACUCCAGAUCAGAGGAAGGUCUUCUGAGGCUGCUGCCAGUGGUCAAAGCCUCCAGAGCUGCUCUGCUGUCAGGCUGUGGAGUCACAGAGGAAGGCUGUGCUUCUCUGGUCUCAGCUCUGGAGUCAAACCCCUCACACCUGAGAGAGCUGGAUCUGAGUAACAAUGACCUGAAUGAUUCAGGAGUGAAGCUGCUCUCUGCUGGACUGGGGAAUCCCCACUGUAAACUGGAGGCUCUGAGGCUGUCAGGCUGUCUAGUCACAGAGGAAGGCUGUGCUUCUCUGGUCUCAGCUCUGAGGUCAAACCCCUCACACCUGAGAGAGCUGGAUCUGAGUAACAAUGACCUGAAGGACUCAGGAGUGAAGCUGCUCUCUGCUGGACUGGGGAAUCCCCACUGUAAACUGGAGACUCUGAGGCUGUCAGGCUGUCUAGUCACAGAGGAAGGCUGUGCUUCUCUGGUCUCAGCUCUGAGGUCAAACCCCUCACACCUGAGAGAGCUGGACCUGAGCUACAAUCACCCAGGAGACUCAGGAGUCAGACUGCUCUCUGCUGGACUGGAGGAUCCACACUGCAGACUGGAGAAACUCAAUGUGGAACAUGGUGGAGAGAACAGAAUGAAACCUGGGCCUAGAAAAUAUGUCUGUGAUCUCACACUGGACCCAAACACAGUAAACAGACACCUCUCUCUGUCUGAGGAGAACAGAAAGGUGACAUGGAGGAGAGAGAAGCAGCCGUAUCCUGAUCACCCAGAGAGAUUUGAGGACUGUAGACAGGUGCUGUGUAGAGAGGGUCUGACUGGGCGCUGUUACUGGGAGGUAGAGUGGAGUGGGUACAGGAUUGGGAGAAGGGCUGAUAUAGGAAUGACAUAUAAAGGAAUCAACAGGAGAGAAAGAGGAGGGGUUAAGGACUGUUGGCUUGGAUACAAUGACAAGUCCUGGAGUCUGUUCUGCUCUGACAACAGUUACUCUGCAUGUCACAAUAAUUAUCCCACUACCAUAGACGUCCCCUCCUCCAGCCCCCACAGAGUAGGAGUGUAUCUGGACUGGCCAGCCGGCACUCUGUCCUUCUAUAGAGCCUCCUCUGACACACUGACCCACCUGAUCACAUUCACCUCCACAUUCACUGAGCCCCUCUAUCCAGGGUUUGGGCUUUGUUCUGACUCCUCAGUGUCUCUCUGUCACACAAUAAUAACCUGUAAAUAAUACACACACUGGAUACACACACACACUGGACUCACACACACACACACACACUGGAUACACACACACACUGGACUGACACACACAGACACACACUGAAUACACACACUGGACUCACACACACACACACACACACUGGACAAACACACACAAACACACUGGAUACACACACACUGGACUCACACACACACACACUGGAUACACACACACACUGGACUCACACACACACACACACACUGGACAAACACACACACACACACUGGACUCACACACACACACACACUGGACAAACACACACACACACACACACACUGGACACACACACACACACUGGACACACACACACACCCACACACACUGGACAAACAAACACACACACACACACUGGACACACACACACACACACACUGGGCACAAACAGACUGGACACACACACACACACAUACACACACACUGGGGACACACACACUGGGGACACACACACACAGACUGGACACACACACACAGACUGGACACACACACACACACACUGGACAUACACACACACACACUGUACACACACACACUGGACACACACACACACACAGACUGGACACACACACACACACUGGACACACACACACACACACACUGGACACUCACACACACAUACUGGACACAGACACACACACACACACACUGGACACACACACACACACACACUGGAUACACACACACACACUGGACUCACACACACACACAUACACACUGGACUCACACACACACACACACACACUGGAACAACAAACACACUGGACACAUACACUGGACACACACACACAAACUGGACACACACAUACACACUGGACACACACACACACUGGACACACACACACACACACACACUGGACACACACACACAAACUGGACACACACACUGGACACACCCACACACUGAACACACACACUGGACACACACACACAAACUGGACACACACACACACUGGACACAUACACUGGACACACACACACAAACUGGACACACACAUACACACUGGACACACACACACACUGGACACACACACACACACACACUGGACACACACACACAUACACACACACUGGACACACACACACACACACACAUACUGGACACAGACACACACACACACUGGACACACACACACACACACACACACACUGGACACACACACACACACACACACACACACACACACACAAACUGAAACACACACACACUGGACACAAACAGACUGGACACAUACACACACACUGGGGACACACACACUGGGGACACACACACUGGGGACACACACACACAGACUGGACACACACACACAGACUGGACACACACACACACACACACACACACACUGGACACACACACACUGGACAUACACACACACACACACAGACUGGACACACACACACACACUGGACACUCACACACACAUACUGGACACAGACACACACACACACACACUGGACACACACACACACACACACACUGGAUACACACACACACACUGGACUCCACACACACACACACACACACACACACACUGGACAAACAAACAAACACACACACACACACACUGAACACACACACUGGACACACACAUACACACUGGACACACACACACACUGGACACACACACACUGGACACAUACACACACACACUGGACACACACACACACACACACUGGACACACACAGACUGGACACACACACGCUGGACACACACACACACACACACACACUGGACACAAACACACACGCUGGACACACACACACUGGACAAACACAAACUCACACAGGACACACACUGGACACACACACACAUGCACGUCUUCCUAUAGUUGUGAGGAGGACUGUUUUAUAACACUGUUUAUGUUGAAUAACAAAUUGAGCAAUUAUAUAUAAUUAUAUCUGGACAUACGCUCCAUAGUUGUACAAGAAAACAAUGAUAUAUUGUACUUUUCAUAAUAAAACAUACUUGAAACAAGAAAAGGCUGUUAAUUGUGAAAACAGUUUGUUUAUUGAUUUUACGUUUCCUCUGUCAGGUUGAUGUUAACCUGCGACUGGUUGAAACAUGAAACAAAUAUGAAAUGAAAUACAAAACAAUUAAAUAUGUGGAAUAGAAUUAAACAAAUUGUACAAUUAGUACAACAGAGUGUUGUGAUGCAGGGUUACUAUAGCAACAGAGUGUUGUGAUGCAGGGUCACUAUAGCAACAGAGUGUUGUAAUGCAGGGUGACUAUAGCAACAGAGUGUUGUGAUGCAGGAUCACUAUAGCAACAUAUUGUUGUGAUGAUGUCACGUUCUGACCUUAAUUCUUUUGUAUUUUUCUUUGUUUAAGUAUGGUCAGGGAGUUGGCUGGGUUAUCUAUGUUUUGUUUAAGUAUGGUCAGGGCGUGAGUUGGCUGGGUUAUCUAUGUUUUGUUUAAGUAUGGUCAGGGAGUUGGCUGGGUUAUCUAUGUUUUGUGUUUCUAUGUUGGGUUUUCAUUUGGCCUGAUAUGGUUGUCAAUCAGAGGCAGUGUUAGUCAUUGUCUCUGAUUUGGAACCAUAUUUAGGUAGCCUGUUUUCUGUUGGGUUUUGUGGGUGGUUGGAGGAGGAGGUGUCUGUGUGUUCCACAUGGAACUGUUUCGGUUUUCGUUCGUUCAGUUUAUUGUUCUGUAUUUCAGUGUUCAGUUUAUUGUUCUGUGUUCAGUGUUCAGUUUAUUGUUCUGUAUUUCAGUGUUCAGUUUAUUGUUCUGUAUUUCAGUGUUCAGUUUAUUGUUCUGUGUUCAGUGUUCAGUUUAUUGUUCUGUAUUUCAGUGUUCAGUUUAUUGUUCUGUGUUCAGUGUUCAGUUUGUUCUAUUAAAGUUUCAUCAUGAACACUUA